GUAAACCUGUAUUUGAUACUUUACAUAUUUUCUUAAUGGUUUCAUUUAGGUUACCCUUUUCUUUUUACCUGUUGCAUGUGACGGGAACUUGUUAUUAAUGAUCACUGUUGAUCAACUUAAUGUCCUACUUCUAUGAAGAGUUACACAGAGACAGAUUAUUUACCUCUCCAGAAUACUUGAUUCUCGAGUCCCGUUUGUUGUGGCAGUCAAGUUGUAUAUCUCUCAUAGGGUAGAGAAUGGAUAAAAUUGUUUCACGUUUGUCUUGGUGCACUGCAGAACUGUGGAAUACCAUUUGACCUCAAAUGAUAUAAUUGGCUUGAAAACUCUUGUGCCACUUGCACACUGUUAUGUUAUGCCCAUCCUCCCUAAUAAUUCUUCUGUCCAAAGACUUUGUAUGUUAAAUGGCUCUACUUUCUAUUACAUUCUUCGUCACAAUAGUUUUUGAUGAAUGCAUUAACACUUCAGAUGAUGGAACUUUUUAUUUUGAUGAGAAACUGGUUGGUGGACAUGAGCAUCAAGGUUCUAUUUCCACAACUUCUUCAGUUGUUCGUGGGGUUUUCGCAUUUGCUGCUGUAACUUCUGGAAAAAUAAAUCUUCCAGGUGAUAAAAUAUUGGGCUUAGCAAAAUUUUUUCUGGGCAUUGGAAUCCCAGGAGAUGCGAAGGACUUAUUCAAUCAAAUAGAAUCAUUAGCUCUUCUAGAGAGCAACAGGAUUUCCAUUCCGUUGAUAUUGUCACUUCCUGCAAGUGUUUAUUCAUUAUCAAAUAAAGAUCAACUCAAGGUUAGGGUGAAUACAGUGCUUGGUUCAGCUGCACCUCCUUUAACAGUUAAGCUUGUCCGGGCUUUCAGCACUGUUGCUAAAGAUUCGGCUGUUAUUCAGAACAAGGACCUCAAAUAUGACCAGAAUAGCGGACAUCAUGUAUUGGACGUUUUACCAGAUAAAGUGGAUGUGGGUAUUUAUGUGUUUGUUUUUGAGAUGGUGCUUCAUGAUGCUGACGGAGAAAAAGUCUAUGCUACCGGAGGCCAAAUUCAUGUGCCAAUAUAUGUCACUGGCAUUGUUAAAGUUAGCAAUGCAGAAAUUGCAGUUCUGGACAAUGAUCUUGGAAGUAUUGAAACCCAGAAAACGCUAGAUUUGGCUGGAAAUGACAUUGUUUCGCUCUCAGCUAACCACCUGCAAAAAUUCCGUUUUUCUUUCCAAUUGACAACCCCUCGUGGUCAUGCAUUUAAGCCUCAUCAGGCAUUUCUCAAGUUGAAACAUGAGACAAAGUAUGAGCACAUCUUUGUUGUUGGAAAUGCUGGCAAGAAAUUCGAGAUUGUUCUUGAUUUUCUUGGCUUGGUGGAGAAAUUUUACUAUCUCUCUGGCAGAUAUGACAUUGAGCUGACUGUUGGUGAUGCUGUCAUGGAGAACUCUUUCUUACGGCCACUUGGCCAUCUUGAAUUAGAUCUUCCAGAAGCACCUACUAGCAAGGCACCCCGUCUUCCUCCACUAGCUGUUGAUCCAUACACGAGAUAUGGGCCCAAAGCUGAGAUAACCCACUUAUUCAGGACUCCUGAAAAACGACCACCAACACAACUCUCUCUUAUUUUCUUGAGUUUGACCCUUCUGCCCUUAAUUGGCUUUUUGGUUGGGCUAUUGCGCUUGGGGGUAAACUUGAGGAACUUUCCUUCUUCAGCAGCACCUGCUACAUAUGCCAUCCUGUUCCAUCUUGGCAUUGCCGCGGUUCUGGUUCUUUAUGUACUUUUCUGGUUGAAGCUGGACUUGUUCACCACACUUAAAACAACAGCACUUCUUGGAGUUUUUCUGUUGUUUGUGGGACACAGAAUCCUUUCGCAUCUUGCUACCACAUCAGCCAAGCUGAAAUCUGCAUAAGGAACAUUGUGUAUUUAUAAAGAGAAUGAGAAAUAUGAGUUUUCACUUGUAAAGAUUGUACUAAUCAUUUUUGUAGGAACUAUGUUGCAUAAUCUUACGUGAAUUUUAGAGAGCUCAAUUAUAUCAAAAUAGAAAAGCAUAUUAAAAACAUUCUACGGCUCGUAAUCUUAGGCAUAGUUCUACAUAGGUUUUAUAAUUACAAGUUCUAUGAAAAAUGUAGUGAUUUGCCGCGGUA